AUGAUGACUUCCACCACCCCCCUUGCCCUCACUGUCACUGACCUCUCCUUACUCUCUCUCUUCGACGAUAAAGCAGAAUUCGGAGCCAUGCCUGAGGGUAUAACAUCUGAAAAUCUCAUGAACAACAUCAUGGAUACACUCUCUGAUAAGCUCCAGAAGCAGAAUUCUGGCUCAUUCUUCGUUGAAGAAAAGUCACACACAGUCUCUUCUCAGUUCAAUAAGCUCUUUGGGAGACAGAAGCCCAUUCAUCACAUUUUAGGGGGUGGCAAAUCUGCUGAUGUGCUCUUAUGGAGGAACAAAAAGAUAUCAGCAGGUGUCUUAUGUGGUGCAACUGCAGUUUGGGUGCUCUUUGAAUGGCUUGACUACAAUUUCCUUCCUCUUGUCUGUUUUGGUCUGGUUAUCUGUAUCAUUGGUCAGUUUAUCUGGUCAAACCUAUUGAACAGGGCCCCACCCCGUGUUACUCUACCAGAUGAGCUAUUUGUGAACGUUGCUAGAAUAGUAGGUGAUGAAGUGAAUCGUACUCUGGGUUACCUUCAGUAUGUUGGUUCUAGAGGGGAUAUCAAACAACUUGCAUUGGUUGUUGGGGGAUUGUUAACUGCAGCAAUAAUUGGAACCUGGUGUAACUUUUGGACUGUUAUUUACAUAGGUUUUGUGGCUGCUCACACUUUGCCUGUUGUGUAUGAGAAGUAUGAUGACCAAAUUGAUAGUGCUGUGUACAAUCUGUUUGGAAAGGUUCAGAACCACUAUAGUAAGCUUGAUACUAGUUUGCUAAGCAGAAUUCCCAAGGCAAAAGCGAAGAAGUUUGCAUAAUUCUAUAUGAACAUGUUGCAAAUGUUAUGUAAGUGUAACUCUUGCCAUUUAGACUGCUUAUGGUGUGUACUUAUCAGUAGUUUUGCUAAUAAAUCAGUGUCAUUGUGAUGCUUAGACUGUAGAUAUUGCUUAGAUGCUGUUUUUUUUUUCCCAUUAAGUCUUGUAUAGCUGUUUGAAUUGAGUGCUUAACCCAUAAAGGGAUAACAAUAUGAUAACUAGAAUAUGCAGCAUUUCAUCAUUCCUCAUAUUAAAUACAUAUUUUUUAAAAUAAAAUGUCAAAAAUAGAAGGUUUCCUGGUAGAUUACAGUUGUUGAAUAUGAAAGGGAAGUGAAUGUUGAUGGGGUUGACUUUCAUGUAGUUAGUGGUAAGAUUGAAUUGAGACCUUUGCUUGUGGGCCACCUUGAACAUACACAAAACUGCACUCAGAACCAGGUUUGAUGACCUUACUCCAUUGUGGAAGCUCGUAUAUGUUCUUAGUCAGGGUUGGAGUCAAUCCCCAAAGAGAGCCUGAUAAGUUUUCAAUUACCAACUUCAAAUCCGUGAUUGGUUUUUCUGAUGUGUUCUUGAUUAUCACCUUGUGCCUGUAGUAUUGAAUUCCCCCAACUGUCCAUGAGUUCGUGAUCGAGUGCAAAAAUUCAACUGGCGCUCCAUAUGGUUUCGUAGGUGCUUUAGCAUGGGAGUCUAGA